CCUUUCCAAACGGAAGGAAACGAGCAUCAUGGAUUUUUUUUUUAUGAGAAUUUCGUAACAAAGAGAAGACUGUUCAGAUCUAAAAUAUUAGAUUCUACUUGCGGGGUAUUUUGAUCAAAAUGGAGUGAUGGACGUCUCAUGAUGGAUGCACGCGGUCCUGAUCCUCCUGUACGACUUACCCCCCUUACACCAGAAGCAGACAGUAGAGCUACUGCAGCAGGAAGUCAGCAAGGACCAGCAGUAUCUUAUUCUCAUGUUUGUCAACCUCAUUGGGGCAUCCCUACAGCAAACUUUAUCCAGAAGGAAGGGCAGACAACUGCACUUCCAACUUCACAGCAACAAUGGCAUCAACAACAUUACUCAAUUAAUGAACAGAAUGGUCCAUUGGCAACAAACCAAAACACAGUUUAUAUGCCAUUUCAGCAGCAAAGCUUAAAUCACCUGAUGACAAACACGUCAGGACCAGGAUCGAUGAUUGAUCAGAACUAUGGUGUUCAGGAUCUUUUGGGCUUCCACAGCAGAAACAAGGUCCAGAGACUAGAGCAGACAACUGGACAACCAUCUUCACAUCAUCAGCCACACCAGCAUCAACAAUGGCUUCUGCAUCAACAAAAAUUAACAAAUGAACAUAUGGCUCCGCGUGGAAAUGAAGCUUAUAUGUCUAAUCAGCGGCCAUACCCAAAACAGGAGUUGAGAACAUCUUCAAGACCAGCAAUAUUUAAUCUUCAAAAUAACGAUACUCAGGCUCCUUCGGGCCCAUGUCCAUUCAUCCAGCAGCAAGGGAAUACAACGCUACAACCAGCUCUACAGCAACAACAACCACAUCAGCAACGUCAGUAUCAGUACUUUAUGAAAGGACAAAAUGAUCGAUUGACACCACAUAGAUAUACACAACAUCAGAAUGAUGCUGCUAUGCCUUUACAACGGCCUAAAUUUGACCAGUUUAUGACAACUCUUUCAAGUCCAGCAUUGGUUUCUGAUCAGAACUAUGGUGUUCAGGAUCUUUUGGGCUUCAACAGGGUAAACACAAACCAGCGACUAGAGGAGACAACUGCACAACCAACUUCACAUCAUCAACAGCAUCAACAACAGCUUCAGCAUCAACAACAAAUAAUGAAUGAACAAAUGGCUCCACAUGAAAAUAAAGCUUAUAUGUCAUACCAGCAGCCACACUCAAAUCAGGAGUUGAGAACCCCUAUAGGACAAGCAAUAUUUUAUCCUCAAAAUAACGGUGCUCAGGCUCCUUGGGGUCUACAUCCAUUCAUCCAGCAGAAAAGACAUACAACACCACAACCAGCUCUACAGCAACAACAGCCACAUCAGCAACAUCAGCAUCAGAAUUUUAUGAAGGGACAAAAUGAGCGAUUGACACCAAAUACACCACAUCAAAAUGAUGCUCCUAUGCCUUUUCAACGGCCAAAUUUUGAUCAGUUUAUGACAACGUCUUCAAAUCAAAGAAGGGGAAUUUUAGACCACAAAAAACAACGGCAUUCACCACUCUUGAAUCAAUUAGAUGGCUCUUCGGAAAACAUGUCUACCUCUGCUGUCAUUCCUCUGGAAAACAUGUCUACCUCUCUUGUUGCUCACAUGGGAAACAUGGCCACCUCUCCUGCUUUUGCUAUGGGAAACAUGCCUACCUUCCCUGUUGUUUCUAUAGGAAACAUGCCCGUCUUUCCUGCUGAUCCUUUGGAAAACAUGCCUGACUCUCCUGUACAUCCUAUGGGAAAUAUGUCUGUCUCUCCUACUACCCAUUCGGGGAACAUGUCCACGUCUCCUUUUGGUCCUAUUGGAAGCCAGUCCACCUCUUCUACUGACUCUAUAGGAAAUGAUCAUAGUAUUCCACAUGACAUUAAUCAAAGACCUUGUAGCCGAUUGCAACCUUUAGAUGCGAUAUACGACAGUUGCUCGCCAUUUCCGAUUAUGGCCGAGAAGAGAAGUAAUAACGAGACCAUCUGGGAGAACGGUAACAUUAUCCUAGCAAAACGCCCAAAGACAAAUGUAGACACAGACCCUCUUUGUACUUCUGUAAGUAAUCAGGAUUUGUCUGGGGAUGAAAAUGGACGUCUGGAUUCCGGAAACAAUAAAGAUCCAUUAUCGGGAUUGACAAGGGAGCAGCGCGUCGUUCUCUACACUUUGUUCUUAUAUCAGGUGUGGAGGGGUGACGUCUCUAUAAGUGACGCCGACUACAUGGGUGACAUUGAUAUCAUGACGAUAUUGAAGGAGCUAGAGAACAAAGGACUGCUGGAACAGUAUUCCUUUCAGAUGAUUCCACUUGAUAAACUAUCUAUGUACCACAUCCCAGAUGAUAAACAAUCUAUGAUAAUGAAAUCCUACAGUGAAAACUGUCUUCUGAGUGAGAUAGACAAGGACUUCUUCAUACAGGUAGCCUCAGAUGAAUCCAUAGAAAUAUAUUCUAGAAUGUACUAUCGUCAUGGAGAUGGUCCCAGAGACAUCGGUCCUAUAACAGCGACAAGACUGAUUGUGGAGGGUCGUGGACACGGAUUACCUUAUUCUGUAAAAGAAUUAAUGGAGAUGAAUUUUUCAAUGAAGAAAUGGAGCAUAUUGAUAUCCACACUUAUGUCAGAGAACUAUUCCGUAUCUUUAAAUAUCCCUUGGGAGGACAAAAAACAAAAUAUUCAAAAAACAUUUAAAGCAUUGCAAGACGUUAACGAGGAAAGAGCUGAAGAAGAUUUGGUUCUCCUAGAAAAAUUAAUACACCAUGACAAAUUAUUAAAAGUAGACAGAGAGAGCAAUAAAGUGUCCUUUGUAUCAGAGGAGGUCCGACAUCAGGUGAUGGGAUACUUUGUAUUGAAUUGCUUAGAAAGCAAGGAAGAUUACGAGCAUUAUCAAAAUCUGUCCUCAGUGGACUCACUUUUAGAAUAUGCACGCCCAUUGACAUACAAGAGAAAGGUGACAGAACGCUGUUUAUACCUCCCAAAUGGGACGGAACAGUACAUCAAAAGACUUGGUGUAGACGUCCUACGGCAUACAUUUAUGGGCAAUCUGAAUAUGGAUAAUCAAAAAUUAUCUUCAAUGCUUAACAUACCAGAAGAAGUACUAAGAUGGGACUAUGAUGCUCGAUGUAGAUACGUAGCCUGCGCUAAGAAAGGGACCCAAACAAUUCAUAGAGCUCGUGCAAUGAUUGUUGGUUGUGCUGGAGCUGAAAAAACAACACUUUUAAGGCGACUGCAGCAACGAAGUUUUCUGGAGUUACGACAAAUACACUCGACCGUAGGGCUGGAAGUGUAUGACAACUUAUUUGAAGUAGACAAAGAUCGAAAGAGUUUAACAGGAUUGGAGGAAGCUGUUGAUACAGAAAAUAAGUGCUUACUAAGUGUUGUGGACUUUGCUGGACAGUGUGCGUAUUACGCCUGUCAUCAGGUCUAUCUCAGCAGAAGAGCUUUUUAUCUUCUUGUUAUCGAUAUGUCAAAAAGAUUUGAUGAAAAAGUUGAUAAAGCAUUGUGUGAACAGGAAGGAACCAUGUUUGCAGAUUGGACAUUCGGACACUUAAUAUUUAAAGACUUUGACAAGUGA